UUUGCUGCUAUGGAAGAUUUUCGUCAUCCUCUCGAAGAGAGAUUAAAAGUCGAUGCAGAAUUUUCAAAAACAAGACUAAAAGCUGGGAGUCCAACAGGCAGCCUUCAAAACCGUAUAGAUGACUUGGAAAAUAAGAAUUUCACUCUAGAAGAAGAGGUCAAAGACCUUCGAAUACAAUUAACAGGGCGGCAAAAUGACUUGGCAAAAAUACAAGAACUUUUAAAUAAAAGAACAGCUGAACAUGAAGAGAAAAUGAAGAAAAUGCGUGGCAUUCUCAACUCCGCUAAGAAAAAUGUGGAUGACCUGCGUCAAACAGUGACUGCAAAAGACGCAGAAAUUGUCGAAUUGAAAGAAUCCCUUGAGAUGCUAAAAGAAAAAGAUCAACAGACAAAAGUUACUAUGGAUGAAAUUGAAAAAUCAGCCAGUCGUCUCACAACCGAGAUGCUGAGUCAGGCAGCGAUGUAUACAGCACAAAUCGAACAACUGGAAUCUCGAUUACGACUAGCAAAUCAGCAAGCCCUUGAAGUAAAAGCAGAGUUUCAGCAAUACAAACAACGAGCUCAUGCAUUACUUCAAGAAAAGAAUGCAAAUAGUAAUACUAGUGCGCAAGCUAAUAAUAACAGUAGCAGCAGUAGCGGCAUCGGUAAUAAUAGCCUUAGUAAUAGUAAUAUCGUGAGUAAUGCCAAAACAUUGGAAUUAGCUGAAUCGUCAAAGAAAAUGGAAACUGAAAUUAGGCAUCAAUCCGCUGAACUAAAACUUGCAAAUGACAAAUUACGAGCCACCACCAAAGAUCUGGAACGGGCAUUAUCACGAAACGCGGAACUCGAAAAAGAACUGCGAAAAUCACAAUUAGACGCGCUGGGGAAUGUCGAAGCUGUAAAAGAAGCACAAAACUCUCUGCGUGUUGCUCAGACGGAGAUUCAGAAUCUAAAAGAAGAACUGCAAACAAUAAAUACACGUCACGAGACUGCUAUGUUGGAACUUCGAAAUCAGUUGGUCAAUUCUACGAAUACUAUCCAUAAUAAUCUUGCCAAAAAGCAAGAGGAGAACGAAGAGCUACAGCGAAUAUCAGAGAAUUUAAGUGAAGAGUUAUCGCAAGUUCGCGCGCAGCUACUAGAACGUACUAAAGAACUUGAGGGACUACAGAAACAACUCGAUGGGAAAUCAAAUACCUUUCGGAGCAGGAAUACAGCACAAUCGAAGGACUUAAUGGAUAAUGAUGUAAAAUUAAAAGAUGCUCGAUUAGAAACUGGCAAUAAUAGCCAAAUUAAUUCUGCUCGGACUGUAUUGCUAGAAGGUCGACAGCACACCACUUUAUCGGAUCUAUUGGUUGAUGUCGAUAACAGUAAAAGAUUAAAAGACAAGGCUCCAAUAACCGCGUUAUCAUUGGAUAGAGAGAAGGAGUUCACGUUCAAACUACAACAUAUGGCUGAACUGUUAAAUGAAAGUGAAGCUCAAGUGAAAAGGCUUGAAGAACAAGAAAAGGUUCUAAAAGAAGAAAUUCGAAAAAUGGAUCGUCUCGAAAAGCGACAAGACUUGAGUGUCGAAUAUUUAAAAAAUGUCGUGUUGCGAUUCUUUGAGACACGGCCUGAUGAUCGCGAGCCCUUAAUCCCAGUAAUAUCGACGAUUCUGCAACUAAGUCCGGAGGAAACACGAAACCUUAAAGAAAAUGCGUUGAAUAGUGUGGCAACAAAUCCUGUUGUUUUGGGAUUUGUGCAAAAAGACAUCCAACGAGUAAAUCGAAAAAUAGCGCAAAAUCCAACGGUUAGUAAAUAUGUUCAGGAGCAAUAUGAACAAGCUCUCUCAGAAGACCCAACAGUAUUUGCAUAUGAUGAGGUCUAUGAUAACAUGAAAAGUGCGGAACGAAGAAAAGCUGAAAUACUUAAAGGACCAGAACCUGAGGCUAGGAAGGCAAAAUAUGUUGAUAAAUUUUUAAAAGCUGCAGAAAUUCGGAAACGUGAUUUGGCCCUUGCGCAAGAGCGUAAAAUACAAAAAGAAAGAGAAGCUGAAGGCAAUGAGUUCGAAGACAAGGAAACAUUUGUUACUUCAGCUUAUAAGGCACAGGCUGAAGAGUUAAAGAAAUUGGAAGAAGAAGAUAAAAAGAAAGAGACAGAGCAGAAAAAAGGAAAACACAUGACAAGUUUUUAUCGACAAUUACUCGAUCAGACUGAUUCAGCAAAAACUGAAGCCAUUAAGGCCAGUCGAGCGUCGCUUACAACAAAACAAAGCAUAGAAGAAGACACAAACACACUCUCUCAAAAAUCAGAUAAAGAAUUAGCAGAAUUAGCGUUGGCCGCUGGGAAAGAGGUGAUACUGAAUGCAGACGAGAAAAUCGUGGACAAACGACAACUUUUGUCUGCGGGAUUAAAUAUCCCACAGAAAAAGAAGACUCCGGAAGCUCAAGCUGAUCAUGGAACAAACAAUAUUAAUAGAUAUAGUCGUUAUUCGUCUGGUCGUGGUGGACCAUCUUAUGAUAGGGAAGAAAUAAAGCAUCGAGAGAGACAGAGCCGUGAAUUAGAGAGACAAAUACUGGAGACACAAAGAAAAGCUGAAGAGGAACAGAAAGCAAAGGAUGAACAAUUGAUCCAAAAACUAUCACAAAAGAAAGAUGAAAAGGCGAUAUCUGAUGCGCGUGAAAGAUAUAUGGCUAGGAAAAAGCAGCGGAAAGAUUCAUAA